AGUGUCACCGUCAUGUGUUGAAAUCUGCUCCCGUUUAUUGGACAAAGGCACGUGUCUGGGGUCCCGGGGAACCGCGUCACGUGACCGCCCCCUAUUAAAAAAAGAACAAAAAUCCAGCGCAGUGAAAGUAUUUCUGAUCAGUUAGCGGCUCUCUUUAAUUUUUAUUCCCUGUCUUUUAACUGUGUGUGUGUGUGUGUGUGAGUGAAUGAAUGAAUGCAUGCAUGUGUGAGUGAGUGAGAGAGUGACAGAGAGAGGGAGUGAGAGAGGAAGAGACUCUCUCCUCUGUUGCCCAAGUCGAGGGGGUGAGCGGCAGAUUGGGGAAGGGCAGGGAGGAGAGAGGGAGGGAGACAAGAGCCUUGAAAAGUGAAGGCUGCCGAUUAAACGUGAGCCAUGGAUACCUGGGUGCGGAACUGAGACAAGGCAAAGUAUGAUUAUCCGCACCUAAGCCACACGAGCAGUAGCAAUCAGACGGGGGGUGGGUGGGUGGGAGGGAGGGGGGGGGGGGGACGUUAAAGGCGGAGAGAUUGAUGCUGGCAAGAUAUUAAAGGAGGAACGUUUUGGGGGGAGAACUAAAAGGCAAGAUCUGAGCUUCCUCUCAUUCUUUCCACAAACCAACUUGGAUAUCGCUGCAUACUUGAGUGGGUGAAAGGCUAAAGAGAGCUGGGAAGGGGGGGACGGGGACGGGGACGACAGUUCCGAAGCCGUUCACACACUAUGGAAGAAAAUGAUCAAAAUAACCAUGAAGUGGACAACCAGGAGUCGAGCAACGAGUCUAACCGAGCCAUCAUGCCGCUACUCCAGGCGCCGGGGAACCAGCUCCCUCACCGGAUCACCAACUUUUUCAUCGACAACAUCUUGCGGCCGGACUUCGGCAAAAGGAAAGACGGGCACCGCGAUCAGAGUCACGUCCCCGGGAGAGAGAACGUUAGCCCGUCGGCGGUGGUGUCCGGCCAAAGCGGAGGCAGUGCGCCCGGGGUGGGAGGAGGAGGAGGAGGAGGAGGUGGUGUUGGUGUUGGUGGUGUUGGUGGUGAUGGUGUCUCCGGCGGAGGAGGAGGGGCUCCAGCCAGCCCGUCUGGCCCGGCUAAGAAACGAGACGUGGCGGGAGAAGCGACGCUGAGGAACGGCGAGAGCGCCGAGCAAUCCCAGAGCUCCGAUUCAGACAGCUCCCACAGCAGCACCAGCGCAGUCUCCCAACCCAUGCUUUGGCCUGCGUGGGUUUACUGCACUAGAUACUCGGACAGGCCUUCUUCAGGUCCCAGGUCCCGCAAACCAAAGAAAAAGACUCCCAAUAAGGAGGACAAGCGACCGAGGACAGCGUUCACAGCCGAACAAUUGCAGAGACUGAAAGCCGAGUUUCAGACGAACCGCUAUCUAACCGAGCAACGCCGGCAGAGCUUAGCUCACGAACUCAGUCUCAACGAAUCCCAAAUCAAAAUCUGGUUUCAGAACAAGCGAGCCAAAAUCAAGAAAGCUAGCGGAUCAAAGAACUCACUGGCACUACAUUUAAUGGCACAAGGACUUUACAACCAUUCCAACACGGGGAAAGAAGACAAGGAAGAAAGCGAAUAGCAAAGAUUUAACAAAAGUGCGAACAAAUACAAUGCAAUAAUAUAAAUCUAAAAAAGAUAAAGGGCCAGUGUAUUGAGAAAGAAAGAGAGAGAAAAAGAUACCAGCAUAGUUUUUAAAAGAUAUGAAAUUGUAUGAGAUAUUAUUCCGCAAUAUUCUGUGUAUAUAAUUCAGGUAAGGUGUUGUAAAAAAAACUGAAAUAUUUCAAUAUAUGGUGAGAUAUUGUUUCUGGGAUUUCAGAAGCUACUUUUUUUGCCGCGGAUAUUGUUCGUUGGUCGCAUUUUCUACCAGUCACCGACUGGGUUCCGUAGCCGCUCGGUGAACAUACUAACGUGAAAUUUAAACCAACCUGCUGAAGUCCAAAGAAUUUUCCUGCUGUUGUUUUACAGAAAAAAUGUUAAAUUAAAUAAAUAUCAAAUGUUUGAUUCUACUGCAAGGUUUACAGCUUUUGAGAUUGCUUUCUUUAAAAAAAACAACGAACUAAAGGCGGUUUUGAGACAAGGUACAUUGGGACGUGUUUUAGAUUAUUUAGAUUAUUAAUAUCGGAAGGUGGGGAAGAUUUUCAAUGUAAGUAACUUAACCGAGGGUCAGAUAAUUACGUUGUGAGGGAAGACUGAAUUGUGUGAAAAAUUCUACACGAUUCUCUGGCCUUGAUGAAAGAUAUUAAGGGGGCGAGAAUGAAACCAGCCAACUUUCAUUUAUGCAUUUGUUUUGGUGAGCAGCGUUGAAUUUUUUUUUUAAACAUUUGAAAUAUGUUAUCGGGUUGGGGCUUUGCAAGCGGUAGACGAAACUCUGGAAGCAAACAGCGGAGAUAAAACGAUAUUGUUUUCAUCCAUUUUUAAAAACCAUAAACCGAGUGGGCGGUUAUGGGGUGGGGGAAGAUGGUUGGGUUACAAAAAAAGUGUUCAGCCGACGGGCUUCCGCCUCUGGAGCGCCUCCCUGCGGCAUAUGGCGAGGUCUCAAAAUGUCAAGUUCAACCAAGAACUUGAUACACAACGCAUUCGACCGGAAACCUCUCACUGUGGUUGUAAACAGAUCUUUUUUUUUUAAGGCAUUUUAUAUUUUGGAUCCGGGCAUUGUUGUUGAACGUUGUUCGAGUAAACAUACGCUAAGUCACAAAUAAUAUGAAAGGCUCCACUUACUUUGCUGCCGCGGAUCAUUAAUCGAAACGUGGAGAUUUUUUUUUCUGUGUCCGAUAGCCAGGGCGCUUGUACUGCCUGAGUUAGAGGCACCGAGGCUGGGCUGUAGAAACAGCAGCCCUUUCUCCUUCGUCUUCCGAUCUAAAAUUCGACGCAAUCAAAGCUCACGGAAAUACAAUUUCUGCUGCUUUGCCCACGUGUUUUUUUGUACCCUGUCUUUCACAAGAAAGUGCAACGUAUUUCUUGCUGUAAUUUCCAGGACCUAUAGAGAGCGUCAUUUGCAAAACAUAUUAUUGUCGUAUUCAUUGCUAGUUUUCAAAUGCGCUGGACUUAGAAUAAUGUUCCAGGUGACAUUCUUUGAUAAAUUUAUCAUCGACUAGCUAAAGACUCGAAAGGAAAAAGUACUCUUCCGAAUACACUUGGUAACAUUUUGAAUCAGUGUUAUCCUAGCGCUAACAAUUAGGCAAUGUGAAUGUCCAAAGAUGCAAGCGUCCUAAUUGUGUGGAGUCGACUCCCGUAAAAAGUGUUUACUUUAGGAAGUCAAAUAUACCUUGACUUUGCUGGUAACUGAUAUGAAAUCAGUAACAUAAUUUAUAGUCUUUUUUACAAUACCUUCAAUAUCGCCUCGUUAUUUUGAUAUGGUGAAGUUAGCUAAAUAUAAUAAAUGCACCGAGGCGCUGUAAAAUAUCCGUAUCCUUCCUGUAUUUUUAAAUACUUGAUAUCCACGUAACCCGCUUUAAUACACCAACACUGUAUAAAAGUUGUAUAUAA